AUGUGCCUCCUCGGUGAGCACCGCGUCCAAAUUCCUCCUUCCCUCUUCGAUCAGUCGCCGUACCCGUCACCUCUGCAUCUCCCGCGCUUCGUCCGCGUGCCUCGCCCGCUCACCGCCCAUCCCUGCAGCCGCUGGUCUGCUCGUCGCUACUGCCAGCUACUACUCUGCAGCACUGCUGCUUGCUGCUACCGCCUAGCGCCGCCGUUGUUCCGCACGUCCGCGCAGCCGUUCCCGACGGAGCCACCUCCACCGGCCAACCCCGCGCCCGCCUUGACAUCCCUGGCCCUCUGCCGCACCCGUCAACCCACUCGCGUCGCCGGCUCGCCCGCAGCCUGCUCGCUCCUCGCCCAGCACCCGUGCCCGCCUUCUGCCCGCUCGCGAGUCGCGACUGCCCCUCCUGAUGCCGUCCCGACGCCCGCUGGCCCGCGCGUGAACCAUCGUUGCCCCGCCGCGCCGUUCCGGCCCGCCUCCUCUGCGCCUGCUGCUCGCCCGCCCCUGGCGGCGCCUCGCCACGACCGCCCCGGCUGCUACCCGCUCGGCCCUUCCACUUGCUGGCAGCCCGCGCCCUGCUACCCCGCCGCCGUCCCGGGCCAUUGCUCGCCGUGGCCGCCGGCGCCCUCCUGCGCCGUGCUGGUCCAGGCCAGCGGGGUCGACGCAACCCCGACCCCUACUCGCCUCGCCGACGCGCUCACAAGCCUCGCCAUCGUGCCCUACGUCAGCUACGCCGAGCCAAUCGAGCUGAGGAGCCCCGACGCCGACGCCCGCAUCGUCUUCAACCUCGGGACCCACCGGCGAGCUUCACCGAAUCCCUCACCACUGCAGCUCCUAACCUCUCGACGGGCCUUCGUGUGCCUCCUCGGUGAGCACCGCAUCCAAAUUCCUCCUUCCCUCUUCGAUCAGUCGCCGUGCCCGUCACCUCUGCAUCUCCCGCGCUUCGUCCGCGUGCCUCGCCCGCUCACCGCCCGUCCCUGCAGCCGCUGGUGUACUUGUCGCUACUGCUUGCUACUACUCUGCAGCACUGCUGCUUGCUGCUACCGCCUAGCGCCGCCGUUGUUCCGCACGUCCGAGCAGCCGUUCCCGACCGAGCCACGUCCACCAGCCAACCCCGCGCCCGCCUUGACAUCCCUGGCCCUCUGCCGCACCCGUCAACCCACUCGCGUCACCGGCUCGCCCGCAGCCUGCUCGCUCCUCGCCCAGCACCCGUGCCCGCCUUCUGCCCGCUCGUGA